AUGUGGUUACUGUCGUUAGUUACUCAAUUCGAUUUGUUGAGAGCAGACGUGUUUUUCACAGAGCGACAAAAAUAUCAGAUUAUCAUUAUGAAAAGAGAAAGAUCUUGCGAAAGAAGAAGCAAGAAUGUAUCUAAGAGGCGCCGUGUAGAGGCUUCUUCAGAUGAAAGUCGUCAGUGGUAUGAGGUGAUGCUUGCCCUGGCGGCCAAAUCAGCUUACAAGCAAGACUUUGCUUCUGAUGUUCAUGAAUGGAGAGAUCACAUUCGGGACUGGCGUGAGUUGACCAGCGCCAUCAAUAAGUCUGAGGAGCGUAGGGAGCUUCCUACCAUACCACAACCUACGCACAAGAUCGAAUGGUUGGCCAGAGUCAAUUUUAAGCACAGACCAGUGCGCCGUGUCGUGCCAGAACAGAGACGUUAUCACACAGUCUCUAGGAAACAAGACAUGAAUUCCUCCUUUUACGUCUACUGAGGAGAGGACUGAUAUUGAUUAUGCAUGGUCGUAAAUGGUGUUUAUGCAAAUGUCAGAAGCCGAAUGGCCGCCUCUACCAUCUUGGUACCACUGUACUCGUUUUUGAUGAUUCACACUUACGAAGUGUUCAUAGCUAUAUUCUGGGACCAUAAUAUGGUGUAUUACAUUGUGGAACCAUUACAUGGUGUAUUACAUUCUGGAACUGUUACAUAGUGUAUUACAUUCUGGGAUCAUUAGAUGGUAUAUUACGUUCUGGGAAUUUUACAUCGUGUAUUGCAUUCUGGGACCAUAAUAUGGUGUGUUACAUUCUGGGACUGUUACAUGGUGUAUUACAUUCUGGGACCGUUACAUGGUGUAUUGCAUUAUGGGACUGUUACACCGUGUAUUACAUUCUGGGACCGUUACAUAGUGUAUUGCAUUAUGGGACUGUUACACCGCGUAUUACAUUCUUAGGUCGCUGCAUGCAUCACUGAACACAAGUGUUGAUGGACAAGGCAUUUCUUACAUAUCUUGCAGACAUACGUAAGCGUGCGUCAAGUACUAUUUUGCAAAGCUUAAACCCAUUUGCCUUCA